AUGUUAAUUCCUCCAAAGUCAAAAAGACAGUAAACUGUUGAUUAAGGAGUGUACUUAUUUUAACAAAGGAAAAAUUUCGAUCCUUACAUUGAAUUGAUGAAGAAGCAGUAAUAAGUGGAAAUUAAUUUAUUUCGAAAGGCAUUUGCAAAUAUUGCUUCAUCUAGAAUACAUGCUUAACAUAUAAAUGAGAGGAGGGAAUAAAUAGUAAUAUUUGCAAUUAGAUUAUAAGGUGUUGACCGUUCAUAAAAAAAAAAGAGUCUAACCCAAGUCUGAAUUCAAGUUACCUACCUUAGGUUAGGGGGAAAAGACAGAAAGAGUAAGAAUUAAAUUUCCUCCUCAGAGAAUUAAGAAAAAUUUUGUUUGA